UGCGCCCCGCCUUACGCUGACCUAGUAUAGAAGCGUCCUCUGUAAACAAAGUAAUUGAUUCAUCGAUUUUUAGCCUAGCAAACAAAACCAAAACCUUUACACCAACAUAACACAAGUUGCAAGUGACUUAGUGGAAGGAUAAACUGCAGAGAAAGUUUUCAAAAUUCACACGUUUCUGUUCAGAAAAUAUCAAAAUGGUUGACUUCCACGUUACGUUGAACGUUGCUAUGGUGAUAGCAGCGGUGUUAGGAGAGCUUGUCAGCUUCUUUUUCUACAACCAUCACUCAGCCUGGGGCCGAAGCAUCGGGGAACGUUACCUGCUUUCUGCUAUCGUCUGCGACGCUGUUCUUGUAGUUGUAAUAAAGUGGAUCAUGGGACAGUACUUCACCAUCAGAAAUUGGGAGGACGCCGCCAUCUUGGCUUUUUGGCUCAGUCUCAUUUUCUUCGCUUUGGAGGCCCCGCACGUGGUUCACGAUCACAGGAGUUUGUCGUACUUCCUCGGACACUGGCUUCACAAGUUCUGCGUUCUCUUCGUCAUGAUUUUUGCUUUGUUUUAUUUUCGUAACUAUUAGAAAGUGUCUGUAGGCCGCGUUUUACAAUGUGAAAGAUGGACUGUUUCUUUUAUAUAGCGAUAGUAUUAUUAAUGUAGCAACUUUAGAUUCAUCGUGAAGUGUUUCUUUUCUUGAAAUUUUACCAAAUGGUUGAAAUUUCGUAUAAACUUACUUUUCGAUAAUAAUGGAAUAAUUACCAGCCGAAAACAAUGCGCUUAACUGAACCAGUUACUGGCUCGAAUUGCUUGAAACAGGCUUGAAAAGAAUAUAGCCGAUGACCAUGAAAACAAUUUCCGUCUUGUGUUUAGAAAAAGUCCAUCUGCGGUGGGGUCCAUAAUAGUUAAGUUUGUCCAAAAGUCUAUCUCAGGUAUUUCAUUGUAAACUGUUUGAUGUUGUAUGUUGCAUAAUUAAAAUCACAUUACUGAGUUGCCAUGUAAAAAUUAUAAUCCUGUUAGAUAUAUCAGACUUUUCAGUGUUUAAAAAUGUUUCUGUAUAUUCUAUGAAUAUUUCAAAAUUUAACACAAACGGCCGCUGAUGAUAAGUUUUCUUUUUCCGAUGCAACCAAUCAAAUCAUGAUUGACCGUUUGACGUUGCGUCUGGGCAAGUUUGUUUAAACACAGACUUUCAUACCUAUAAUUUCGUAAUCUGAGAUAAUUAAAUAUAAUCGAGAAAAGAAUUGUCUUAAUAAAGUUUAAAUUGCAGUGGUAUGGGUUUGGUUUUUACGGAUAAUGACAAUUUAAGCAAAGAAUUUGACUCCAUUACUGAAUUUAUACCUUUUUGUGAAAAGGCUAUUUGCCUCCAUUAUUGAAUUUCAUACUUUUCUGUUAAAAGGCUGUUUGCCUCCAUUAUUGAAUUUUAUACCUUUCUGUUAAAAGGCAUUAUAGAUAAAACAAAUAUCAAUGUGCCAGGUUUUCGACCAAUUUUGACCUUUUUACAAAGAUGUGUACUAGGCAGUCGCAUGAUAAAAACUUUAAGAGUGGUUAGUGUGUAUAAACUACUGUAUUUAUAUGAUUUUCAUUCUGAUGAUUUUAAUAAUAACAAUUUUAAAAUAAUAGAUAUUUGAAGCAAG